GCCGGUUCUUUCAGUCAACUGGGUAUCCGUGACCUUUUAGGAUUCUCCUCAGCAUUGCCCCAGGCUUGUAUAUAAUUAUUUUUUUACCAAUGACAAAGUGUUUAGAGGUGAUUUGAAGUUUUGAUUAAUAAUAUACACAUUCUUCGGCAUUCAUUUAAUUCCUUAUGAAAAAUAAUAAUGUAAACUUACAUUCUGAUGAUGGUGAUGUUCCUUUUUAAUAAUGAUUAUAUUUUUGAUAUUUAAAAACUGGUUUUUAGUUACCAUCAGCGCUUAAUAAUGUUUGGUUAGAAGUUAAAAUUAUAGUUUGAGAAGUGAAUUUUUAAAAUAAUUUCAAUUAAAAUGACAUCAACUGCAGACUUAGUUACAGAUUCGGUAGCAGAUCUUAAUGCUAAAAAUGAAAAAUCUUUUAAGGAGAUGAAAUUUAAAGAAAAAGUGUCUUAUAUCCGCGAAGUGAUAACUGUGGAACCUAUUAUUGGUUCCUAUGUGAUGGCUUCAACUUUAUGCACACCCACAAUAUUUAAUUUAGAAUUUGAAAAAUCCUGUAGGUCCAAUUUGGAAUUUAAUGAUACUGUGUGUGAAGCUGUAUUAAGUGGACAAGUAGAAAAUAUAACUGAACAAAAUAAUGAAAUACAAGUAUUGAUAAAUAAUAUGCAUUCAUGGCAACUGCCAAUGCAGAGUGUAAUGCCUCUAAUUUUGAUACUUUUUUUGGGAUCGUACAGUGAUAGGCAUCGAUGGAGAAAACCUUUUCUGAUAAUGCCCCUUUUUGGAGAAAUGAUCUCGAUAACGGGAUUAAUGUUGUGUGUAAUUUUUAUGAAACCUUGGACGUUGGAAGUGCAGGGUGUUUUUCAAUUAGUGAUACCUUCGUUUUUUGGUGGGCAGCCCAUGAUAACGAUGGCAGUGUUUGCGUAUAUAGCGGAUGUUAGUACUAUUGAGAUGCGGACUUUAAGAAUUGGAAUAGUUCAAAUUGUUAUUGCUGCGAUUGUCCCUGCAACUCAAUUAAUCGCUGCUCAUAUGUUUGAACUGACAGGUUAUUUUGGAGUAUUUCUCACGGCUGGCGGACUAUACAUCUUCGGAUUCCUUUACGGACUGUACUGGAUAAAAGAACCCCAUGAACCUAUAAAAACUUCCGAAGUAGGAAUGCUGCGCGACAUGUUCAACCCCAAACACGCCAUUGACACAUUUAAUUUGGUUUUAAAGAAGACUCCAGGAGUUAAUAGAGAGUACAUAAUGUUGAUGUUACUAAUAGUAUUUAUUUACAGUGCUGUAGUAGAUGGAGAAGGAGGUGUAUUUUUUUUAUACGCUCAGAGCCAAUUCGGUUGGACCAUUAUUGAAUUCAGUUAUUUUUUAACUUUAAAUACUUUGGUACAUCUCAUAGGUACUGCCCUAGCUGUUCCCUUAUUUACAAAGGUGCUUCAUCUCACUGACAUGAUAAUAUUGUUUUUAACAUUUUUCGAUAAAAUUGUGAGCAAUAUUAUUUUUGGAUUAGCUAAUACCAAUGUUCUGUUGUAUACAGGUGCAAUAGUGAGUCUAAUCACGGGAGUAACACCUAUUGGAAUUAGAUCUCUAGAAACUAAGAUAGUAUCAGAAAAUGACUUGGGAAAAGCACAGUCCUUGUUUGGAAUUUGCGAAGCUCUUGCCCCUGCAGUAGCUACACCAAUUUAUAGUAAAUUGAUUUACAAUAAUACUUUGACAACAUUUCCAGCGAUGUACUUCUUUUUCGGAAUCUUCUUGUAUGCCAUCGCCAGUAUGAUCAUUAUAUCGAUAUAUCUGAGGGAGAAACGUAGAAACACAGUAGAACCAAGUCCAGAAAAACAACUAGAAACUAACGGCAAACAAGCGGUACCCAUGGAACACUUUGUAGAAACUACUCAUAUAUAAAAUAACAAUAACCCAUAAAUUACAAAAUAUUAAUGUGAUACUAAUCAUUAUAAUUAUAGUAUGUUAAACAUAUAUUUUUUUAUUAAAGUGUUUUAUUAAUUAGACUGAUUUAAUUAUUAUUUAUCAAUUCACAAUUCACUCAUGUAAUAAUAAAUAGAUAUUAAAGUAUAUAUUAAG